AACUAGGGAGAGAAACCAGAAGUAGACAUGGUAAUCAUUUCCUCACUUUAACACUGAAGGAGUGAAGAGCUGUUUUAGCACCGGCUAAAACAAAGAGUCGGAGAAUGGAACAGAGCUGGAUAUACUGCCAAAAUGUACGUCCCUGGAUUAAUUUCUGAAAGGAGAGAAGUUUCUAGCUAUGUUUUUUGAAGAAGAAGAUGGCCAGCCAGUGCAAUCAAAGUCAGUCUAUGUUUCCUGACAACUUACAUCCAGAGGAAUACAAAAUUGCAGCACUGAUUUUUUACAGCUGCAUCUUCACAAUCGGAUUGUUCGUUAACAUCACCGCCUUAUGGGUCUUCAGCUGCACGACGAAGAAGAGGACGACCGUAACCGUGUAUAUGAUGAACGUGGCAAUGCUUGACUUGGUUUUUAUCCUGUGCUUACCCUUUCGCAUGGUCUACUAUGGGAAGGGAAACUGGCCUUUUGGAGAUGUUUUCUGUCGGAUUAUUGGAGCCCUCACCAUUUUCUAUCCAAGCAUUGCCCUCUGGCUUCUUGCUUUCAUCAGUGCAGAUAGGUACAUGGCCAUCGUGCAGCCCAAGCACGCGAAAGAGCUAAAGAACAUAAGCAAAGCUGUGCUCGCCUGUGUCGGAAUCUGGAUAAUGACCUUGGCAAGCACAACUCCAUUACUCUUUUUAUACGACGAUCCGGACAAAAAUCCGUGCACCUGUCUGAAAAUGCUUGAUAUCAUCCACUUAAAGAGGAUUAACACGCUCAACUUCACUCGGCUCAUUUUUUUUUUCCUGCUUCCUCUGUUUAUCAUGAUCGGAUGCUACUCCACCAUCAUCCACAGCCUCAUCCAUGGCAGGAAUUCUAAGCUGAAACCAAAGGCCAAGGAAAAAUCCAUACGGAUCAUCAUUACUUUGAUCGUGCAAGUUCUUGUCUGCUUUGUGCCCUUCCAUAUCUGUUUUGCUUUCCUAAUGCUGCAUGGCGGAGAGAACAGAUUCGAUCCAUGGGGAGCCUUUACCACGUUUCUCAUGAACCUCAGCACGUGCUUAGAUGUUAUCCUGUAUUACAUUGUUUCUAAACAAUUUCAAGCUAGAGUAAUCAGUGUCAUGCUCUACCGUAAUUAUCUCCGAAGCGUGCGCAGGAAGAGUUUUCGUUCAGCCAGUUUACGGUCCCUGAGCAACAUCAAUAGUGAAAUGAUUUAAGAGCCCACAAACUUUUUUUUAUCGAAUUUAAAAACUGAAGCCUGAAAUAUGUACCACCGAGAAGUGUAUAAAAUCCACCGCGUUGUAAGAUUACCUCAAUGAGGAAAAAACACUUUCAAAAUAAGACUUAUGUUCAUCUUACAAUAAAGCCACGUCUUCCUAGUGAUUUCAA